GUGAGCUCGCGUUGCGGGUUGUCCACUGGCUGCCGAAGCGGGAGCGAUGAAGCAAACUUGAGGAUCGGCGGCUUUUUCUCAGCACGAACCCUUCCACUGAGCGAGUGUGUCGGCCAUGCCAUGGCUAGGCCCUGGCGGCUCCGAGCCCCUCUCUUCUUAGCCGUACUGUUCCUGGGAGUAAGACAGUGUGCUGUCAGCACAGUGACUCUCCCAGAAACACUGCUCUUUGUAUCCACUCUUGAUGGGAACUUGCAUGCUGUCAGUAAACGGACUGGGGAAAUCAAAUGGACCUUAAAGGAAGAUCCAAUCAUUCAGGUUCCAGUCUACCUAGCUGAGCCAGCAUUUCUUCCAGAUCCAAAUGAUGGCAGCCUUUAUGUCAUGGGAGGGACAACUAAAGAGGGGCUAAUGAAACUGCCCUUCACCAUCCCUGAGUUGGUCCAUUCCUCUCCAUGUCGGAGUUCUGAUGGAAUAUUGUACACAGGUAAAAAACAGGACUUAUGGUUUGUUGUGGAUCCCACAACCGGAGAGAAACAGACCACGCUGACCACAGAUAUGUCAGAGAACAUCUGUCCAUCUUCCCCCCUCCUGUACAUUGGGCGGACAGAGUAUAUGAUCACCAUGUAUGACACCAAAACUCGCGAACUCUACUGGAAUGCUACCUACUACGACUAUUCUGCUCCUUUAUGCAGCGAGAACACGGACUACAAAAUGGCUCAUUUUGCAUCAAACGGGGAUGGUUUGGUGGUGACUGUAGACAGAGAGUCAGGUAACGUCCUUUGGAUGCAGAACUAUGGCUCCCCUGUGGUGGGGAUGUUCAUUUGGCAACAGGACAGCCUGCACCGGAUACCACAUCUCAACAUUGCCAUGGAAACUCUACGGUACCUCACCUUUAACUCUCAAGACAUCCGAAUGAUAAAAUGGAAGUACCAGUUUCCAAAAGAACCCUCCACCACAAAGACUCAACUAGUUCCCACUCUUUAUGUCGGGAAACAUGCAUCUGCCUUCUAUGCCUCAACAUCACUUGUCCAUGAAGGUGUCGCUAUAGUGCCUCGUGGAAUCACUAUUGCCCGUGUUGAUGGCCCCACGACCGAUGAUGUCACUGUGCGAGAGGGAGAUGCAUGUGAAAGAAUUCCAAGCACUCAUGUCAAAUAUCCACAGGGGAAUAUCUUAUCAUCUGGUAAUGCCAAGAAUCAAUGGUUGUUCAUAGGACACCAUGAGCUUCCACCAGUAGCGCACACCACAAUAUUGAGGGCAUUUCCAGAUCCACUGAAGAAGAAUGAUGAGGCUGUCAUCACUACAAAGACUAAUACCAGGACUCUUGAUGAAUUUUUGAUGCAGUCUGAGCAGAUGCAAUCGAAAACACUUGAUGAAAGUUAUCGGAUGACCAGUGAAGUGAAGCAGGAGACUGCAAGCGAGGUUGUGCCUGAAUUGGAAAACCAGGACAUCCUGACUGUGGCCGUAUUCACUGUGCUAGUAGGAGGAUGGGUGGUGUUUCUAAUUAUGUAUCCAAAAAAAAUGCACCAACAGCAGAAACUACAGCAGCAACAGCUGGAACAACACCUGGAAGAGAAAUUCCAGCUUCUUCAGCAGCAGCCCCCACAAUCUGCCAACCAACUCAGGACAGAGUCUCCAGAAUUCUCAAAAGAUGCAGCUCAGGCCUCCCAAAAAGAUCCCCAGGGAUCCAACUCUUCAGCUCAAGACAGGAGUAACCAAUCCUCAGAGCAGCCUCAUGAUUACAGUUUGCACAACGGCACUGCCUGUUAUGAUAAAGUAGUUGCUGAGACUGGAACCAACUUGGUUAUAACUGGAAAGAUUUCCUUCAACCCAAAAGAUGUGCUAGGUCAUGGAGCCGAGGGAACAUUUGUAUUCCGGGGCAGCUUUGAUAACCGUAAUGUUGCUGUGAAAAGGAUCCUCCCCGAAUGUUUCAAUUUUGCUGACCGUGAAGUUCGGCUCCUUCGCGAAUCUGAUGAGCACCCCAAUGUCAUUCGCUAUUUCUGUACUGAAAAGGACAAGCAGUUCUACUAUAUUGCAAUCGAGCUGUGCACUGCCACACUGCAAGAGUAUGUGGAAGAUUCCAAAUUUGACCGCCUUAAUCUGGAUCCAGUAACCGCGCUUUUUCAGACCAUGUCUGGCCUAGCUCACCUGCAUUCCCUCAAUAUUGUCCAUCGGGAUUUGAAACCACGCAACAUCCUCAUUUCCCUGCCAAACUCUCAUGGGAAUGUGAGGGCAGUGAUCUCGGACUUUGGCCUGUGUAAGAAACUGUCUGCUGGGCAUCACAGUUUCAGCCUGCGCUCUGGUAUACCUGGAACAGAGGGCUGGAUCGCACCAGAGGUCUUACGAGAGGAGCCUAAAGACAAACCCACAAAUACAGUCGACAUUUUCUCAGCAGGCUGUGUCUCCUACUACGUCAUUUCUGAGGGAAAACAUCCAUUUGGUGAUUCUUUGAGAAGGCAAAGCAACAUCUCUUUAGGGAAGUACACUUUACAGCAUUUCGAGCAAGAGGUACAUGAGAAUGUUGUGGGUAGACACUUGAUUGAACAGAUGAUCAGGGAGGACCCACAACAGCGUCCCUCUGCUCAGUGUGUCCUGAAACAUCCCUUCUUCUGGACUAAAGAAAAGCAGCUUCAAUUCUUUCAGGAUGUGAGUGACCGGAUAGAAAAGGAGUCAUUAGAAGGGCCAAUUGUUGGUAGAUUGGAGUGCAAUGGGAGAAUGGUGGUAAGAACAAACUGGAGGAUGCACAUCUCCGUCCCUCUGCAAACAGACUUGAGAAAGUUCCGGUCGUACAAAGGGAACUCUGUGCGUGACCUUCUCCGAGCCAUGAGAAAUAAGAAACAUCACUACCAUGAACUACCCCUAGAGGUACAGGAGACAUUGGGAGAGGUACCUGACCAGUUUGUGCAGUACUUCACAUGUCGAUUCCCAAACUUGCUGUUGCACACUUACAAUGCAAUGCAGAUAUGCAGCCAUGAAAGGCUUUUUCAUCUGUAUUAUCAUCAGGGAGCUGGAGAUGGGAGAAAAUGAACCACUAUACUUGCCUGCGUUUCAACUAUGCCAACAUAAAGACUUUGCAGAGCCAGAGAAGUAGGAAGAAAUGCCACAGGCAAUAUGCUUGUGGUAUCCUUUUGUGGAACUGAGCGAAGUGCUCCUCAAGCUGGUGUUCUUCAUGUCGGAUAGAACAAGACUACAUUCUCAGAGAACAGGAGAAAGCUGGCUGACUUAACUCCUUCAUUGGCACAAAUCUAUGUUUGGAACCUCCAAUCCACAACAACAGUACAAACUGUUUGGCUGACACUUCAUGGGUAAGAUUGACAAGAAUCCCAUAGAAUUUGUGAAAUUGUUCACAGACUGGGAGACAGCUCUGCUAAUAUAGACACCCACAAUACUACCAGUCAAAUGGACUGUCCACCAGAGACACAAGGAGCUGAGACACAAGGGAGAAAUAAGUGACCCAUCAACACUGCUGCAGCUUUUAAAAAUGACACCACAGGAAAACUUUCUGUCACUCUGGGUUAAGGAGGGCCAACUGUGUGCUGGAGACAUUGUUGGGAGAGACUGGAAAGGUGAAAAAUGAAAGGAUCCUCCUGUUUAUAAAUAAACUGAAUUGACUAAUUAACAAGUUUGUGCCAUACAGCCACUGACUGGUGCAGAGGUUAAGACUAGAGAGCGGCAGGUAAACAUGUCAGAUCAAUAGGUUGUUCCAUUAUAUGUGUUUAUAGUUUCACUCUGUAAGAAUAGUUUCUUUAGUAAAAUAGUAAAAAAAAUAAUGAUCAGGAGAGCGACAAGUUACUUGAUAAGAAUUUUAUGCUUUGUCACUAACUCAAGAAGGGAGAAAGAUGGCGCAGAUCCCAACAUCAAUCUGCAAUGUUGGAACAGUUGAUUCUGGAAAUGUCAUCUGUUGAUUUAUGAAGAAUCUGAUGUUUGUGAUGAACAUUUACAGGAAAGCAUUGGCACAGCAUGAUCUUAUGCUGGUCCUCGGAGAGCUUUUCUACAGAGACUAUUUUCAUAUUGAAUAAUUAAUACAACCUAUUUUUUUAAUAAGGAUUUUAAUUAUAUCUGAACAGCCAAAGCAACUUUUCACAUCAGUAAAUAUCUUAUGUCUGUGAACAUUACCAUCAUUUUUCCCUCUUCUCCUGAAGCAUUGAUGCCUUGCUGGAUUAUACUUUCAGGAAGAGGUGGGGGCAGUAGUGAAUAGCGAUCAGGAGCAGGAAUCAUUAUUGGACUCACUGCUAACCCCCACCCCUGCCUGAUAUCAGCUAACUUUGCACAAAUCCCGAUACCUGCCGGUUCUGCAUGGCUCAGCUACUCAAUCCCUUCAUGAGUCAGCACAGCAGGGAGGGCCAAGCAUUAUUAGGGUUCAUACCUGAGCAAAUACCCAUCCCAACUUUUUGCAGACUGCAUGCAUUGUCCACUAAUGAAGUAUAACAUGGAUUUAAAUUGAGCACUCACAAUUAGGAAUGAGCAUACCCCCACCCCCCGUCCUCGUGAACACAGUAACCUGUGCUGCUGCUAUUGGUUUGUGUGAUGCUGAAUGGUGUUAAACAUUGAAAGAUUUACAGCACGGAAAGGGUCCAUUCAGCCUAUCCAGCUGAAAAACAGCUAUCCGGUCCAAUCCCACAUUCCAGCUCAUGAUCUGUUGCCCUGUAGCUUAAGACAUCUCAAGUGCACAUUCGAGUAAUUUUAAAAUGCAAUUGAAGUUUCUGCCUCUGCCAGCCUUUUAGGUAGAGAGUUCCAGACCCCCCACAACUGUCCAGGUGAAAAGAACUCUCAACUCCUCUCUAAUGCCUCAACCAAUUACUUAAAAUCUAUGCCCCCGGGUGUUGAUCUCUGAUAAUGGAAUUAGGUGACAGCAAUCUGUGUAUUUUUAAAAUAAAGUUGAAAAUCAAAUCAAUGAUUUGGGGUGGGUGAAAAAUUGCUGCAGAUGGAUUAUAGGAAUAGAUGCAAUAAGAGCUCCAUAAAGGUUUAUAAAACACUAGGAACAUUCUGAAGCGCAUUAUCUUUAGUCUGAGGUUUGAAUGUUUCCAGACAGCAGAAUGGUUAAUCUCCAAUCUAUAAUUAGAGCUAGCUGGCUAUUUUGCAGAUUAUAAAUUAUUUACACUGACAUUAGAGAGGUGUUUGACACAUUUGUCCUGUAGGUUCCAUUCACAUCGUCAAUUCUCAAUGAUUUUGUACCUGCAGUUCCUAAUGUAUUUACACCAUUUUCCUGAAAUUCUUGCAUCAUUUCUUGAGUUUAUACCUUCAGAUUGUAAUACUUACACUAAUAUUCCCUAGUGAAUUUGGCUGGUUUAGUGAAAAUCACUGGCUGGGUGGAUUCAGGGGCUGGCAGUGCAAGAAUCCCUUUAAGGCCAACGUGAAAACAGCCUUUUUUUUUGCUGUAUUUGUUGGACUCCUUUAAAUAUUUGCAUCUGAGCUCAAAUGUCAAAGACUGCCCGUCAUUCAACUUAGCCUACCUCAUAUAAUCACUUUUUCCAUUGCCUUAAUUCUUUUGGGAGAUUUAAACAAUGAGACCCACAGCCUGGUCUGUCAAUUGGGAGAAAUAAAAUGGUUUUAGAUGUUGUUGCAAGAUGUGGCUAUUCCUUAAUUCAAGAGAAAGGGGGUUCCUGAGGUGGUGGGUUUUCAAUGCAUUGGCUGAAUGGUAACCUUUGGUGCUAUGGUACUGCCUAUAAUAUAUGAUAAAUGCUAAGGAUGUUACUUUCUUUGCAAGCUUUGUACCAGUACCAUGUCUCUGGGUGAACCAGUGUUAAAGUGAGUAAAAUAUAGCUAAAUUCAAUCCAAUUAAUCCUAUGUAAAGAAAACUCUCAUUAAGCUGCAGAGCUGGAGAAUGUGUACCAGCAGACCUAAAGCCCAAGACAGAUUGAGCAGAGCCAGAUUUUCCUCAUCUCCCACACCAACAGAGCCUUUGCAUGCAGUGGGGACUUAUCAGAAAAGUCACUGCUUUAAUGAAUAUGACACUCUACCUUUAGUGGAAAAAAAUUGUGAAGAAAGCCUCUGGAAUUUUUCCAAUAAACUUUAAAGUGCACCAAAUUCACAUACUGCAUGUGCCAGUAUUAGAAUUUGUCCAUCAGCAGUAUGCCCCUGCUCCAUUUUACAACCUAUUCCCUUUUCCAUUCAGACAAUGUUCUUUGAAUAAAUAAUGAGCUAAUAAUGCCAAUGCUUUUGAGUAUUUUAAGCAACACUGGUGACUGUAUGAAACCUAUUUUUAAUAGGGCAAGAGAAAUUAUGCCACAUGAUUUUAUGUAUAUAGAAACUUGUGAAUCAACUUUAUUGAAUCAAUUUUAUUUAAGCUUGCCUUUGUUGCUUAUCUUUUAUUUCUUGAAUUAUUGAUUGUAUAUAGUAGAGAUUAUAUAGUAAAUAACAGAAAUAUCUUUUGUAUUGAAAGGUAGAGGGGAAAAUAAAAUUCAUAAACACCAA